GGCUGAGUAGUAUUGAAAUAUAUAUAACCCUUCUGGGAAAUCCGAAAAUACAAUAGAUAGCCGUAGGAAAGAAUUAUGAAUAAAUCCAGGGAUUUGGUACAUACAGACAUUAGUUUUGAAUUAUACGUAUUGACCUCUUAGGGCAAUACGAGGGAUUACUUUUAUUACGGCUUGAGGAAAAUUGAUGCCAUCGUCACCCAGUUCCUACGUUUGUCGAAUAUGACUGAUGCGAUGCUUUAAUUCGACUAAAACUAUUUACCCAUAAGGAAUGGGUCCAUUGGUCUGAAGGAUAACUACUCAAAGCAGGUUCAUUACUGACAUACUUUGCGUAAAAAACAAUUCACACGAAACUGGAAUGGGAUAAAAUGCUGCCGCCUAGAGACACAACGAAGACGGGCGGUCUAUUCUACAUUCUAUCGCAAUAUUGACAACAGGGGUAUGAACUUCCAAACAAACACCACUGACUGGCCGAGCCAAGAAUUCAACACAAGCGUGACAAUAGUUGGGGUUUUAACAAAUGGAACAACAGAAUACUCGAAUAUUACAACUAUACAGCCCUCUGAUUUGCAUGAUGGAUGUACUUAUGAACUGCAUCAUAUUCGACUGACAGUUGAGUUUUAUAUACGAGGAAUAUUACUUCCAAUAGUAUGCUGUAUCGGGAUAUGUCUGAAUAUCGUAAAUCUAGUGAUUUUCACUCGGCCAGUUAUGGUAAAUGUUACAUCGAUAUUUUACAUCGGAAUGGUGGUGGCUGAUACCGCAACAUUACUGACGCUUCUCUGUUACUACACUUAUUUUUACAGCUCGGAAAGGUUCCAACUGUUGGAAAAACAAUCACCAAAGUGGUUAGAUAUUCCAUUUAUUCCAUGGAGGAUUUUCUUUGCUCUUUAUUCUAUUCCGACCAACAUUUUUAUCACUGCAUCUAAUACCCACGCCAUGUCAGUGACCGUAUUUAGGUUUAUUGCAGUGCAGUUACCAACAAUGGCGUUAAGGAUUUGCACAAGACGGAAGGCUAGAAAGGUGUCUUGCAUUAUAUUUAUAUGGGCUAUUCUCCUAAACAGUCCAGAUUUUCUUCAAAAACGAAUUGCGACAUUUAACGACGGAAACAAAACGAUAAGCUAUGUAUCCUCUACAGACCUAUAUUACAGUCGGGUUUUUCAAACAACGUAUUACCCGACAAAGGUUGUUCUUAACAUCGUCAUUCCAUGGCUUGUGUGUUUCAUCUUGAGUAUUUCUUUGAUUCUUACACUCAGGAGAAAGGCAUUGAAAACAUAUGAGAAUCAUUGCCCAGGCUAUAACCGACGAAGAAGUUCCCGGGCAAUUAGAAACGAGCGAAUAACGAUUACUCUACUCACGAUCAACUUUUUCUUUAUUUUGUCGCAGUCACCAUCUGCCGUUUGGUUCUUCUUCAUGUUGACCAUUGACAGGGACGAACUUUACUGCGACAAGUUUCAGCUCAUGAGAAUCAGUAUUGACACGUGCUUGGUGCUCAAUUUUGCUCUUAACUUUGUGUUAUACGCAAGCACGAAUAGGGAAUUUAGAAAGUGCUUUUCAAAUACGUUUCUGCAACUUCCAGGAUCGUUGAGCUCCGCCUCUGCAAAGAAAUCUAGUUGUAUCAUACCACUUCGCAAAGCACGAGGCGAUAUCUGACGGGCUUCAGCAAGACAUCGAUGACAAAAGUGCAAUUUACAGGAAAUUAACAAAUUAAUAGAUAAUGAGUACCUACAUGUGCAAGGUAACGGACUUGCAUGUAUCCACUGCUAUUACUAGAUAUAGUACUUUUUCUCGAGUAUAAAAAUAAAAGAACACUUGCUACUUUUCGAUAUAAGUUACAAAAAUAUUUAUAUAUCAUUUUAUGAUAAUAACAAUACACAAAAAUAGUAAAUAUGCCUAUGAUAUCAUGGGAGAAAUAUUUUGGAAUAAUCUAUUGAAAAGAUCUAGAGAAUAAUAUAUUGAGCAAAGAUUAAUUUUGAUAAAAGUUAUAUUUAAUGUCAAAUGAUGAACUUAAUAUGGAUCUCAAUAAUCGAGAUUGGCAUCUUAUGGAUACAAUGAAUAAAGUGGGUAAUUUUGAGCCAUAACUCGUAUUUUUAACUUAAAGUGCUCAAAAGAAUUUUGCCGAAAGAUGAGUAUCUUUAUGCGUGUUGUACAAGAAUCUGAUAUCUGCAUUUUCAGUGAGAACCACUUUUAACAUCUACUCUUAAUUGCGAAUUGGCAAAAAAUUAACCGAAUAAUACUGAUAUUGGGAAAUGAUAUUAAGGAAUGUUUUAUGUGACAAGAGAACAAUAAGAUUUGGUCCAGUG